AUGGACUCAAAAAUCUACGACAUCCCGACUCACUGCAAAGCCGGGGUGGUCGUCAAUGAAGGCCCCGACUUUCAAGUCAAGGUGGAAAUGGUCCCCGUGCCAGAACCAGGCCCCGACGACAUCCUCAUCCGCCUCAACGUCACCGGCCUCUGCUCCUCCGACAUCCACAUGAUGAAAAACGACCUCGGCACGCCGCCCAUGUCGUUUUUCGGUGUCCGGUCGCCCGGUCACGAAGGCGCAGGCAUCGUCGUCAAGACGGGCGCCAAUGUUCGGAACUUCAAGGUCGGCGAUCGCGCGGGCAUCAAGCCGCUGACGGAUACAUGCGGGUCAUGCGAGCUGUGCUGGGGCGACAAGGAGACGUACUGCCGGACGGCCGUGCACACGGGAUUGAUGACCGCAGGCACAUACCAGCAAUACCUCGUCUCGCCUGCCCGCUACGCCUCCCCCAUCCCCGACGGUGUCCCCGACGAGGUCGCCGCCCCGAUUAUGUGCAGCGCGUCGACCGUCUAUCGAUCCUUGGUGGAGUCGGGGCUGCGACCGGGGAACUGGGCUGUUUUCCCCGGUGGGGGUGGUGGUGUGGGGAUUCAGGGUGUGCAGCUCGCGAGGGCGAUGGGGAUGCGACCGAUCGUGGUGGACACGGGGCCAGCGAAGCGCGCGCUGGCGAUGGAAAUGGGCGCGGAGGCCUUUGUGGACUUCGCCAAGACGGACGACACCACUGCUGCUGUGGUGGCUGCCGCCGAUGGGAUCGGCGCGCACGGGGUGUUUGUCACGGCGCCGGCGGCUUAUCGGACUGCGCUGUCGUUUGUGGGAGACCGGAUCGGGGCGGUUGUCAUGUGCAUUGGGCUGGCGCCGGCCAAGACGAUGGUUGUUGGCGAUGAUCCCAACCGGUUCAUUUUCAAGAACCUGACGAUUAGGGGGACGCUGGUGGGGAGUCGAAGGGAUACGGCGGCUGCGCUGGACUUUGCGCGACGAGGGAUGCUGAAGCAGAUUUGUGAGGUGUAUCCCAUCGAUCGGUUACCGGAGGCUGUUGAAAAGCUGCGAAGGGGAGAGGUUGCGGGCAGAAUCGUGGUCAAUUUUGAAAAGUAG